GCCUCAAAAGCUCCCAGGCUAUCGCAGAGCGCACUGGAGCCCUGGCCAGCGCGCAGCCUUCCCGGCGCCGGCAAGCAGGGUCUUGAGAAUUCUUACUUGCUUCGGUUCACUCUCCUUCACAAAAACCACUGGAUCUUACAUGCUUCUGUAACCCCCACUUCCACUCCAUGUCCCUAUGAUCCUGUGCCAGCAACAGGACAAGUUCUCUGGAUGUCAGCUGAGUUACUAAGGUAACUCUAUUGGUCAAAAGGCAAACCUUGGUAGAACCCCAAAUCCUUUGGAAGCAUCCAUCUCUCCUCUUUUUUUUUUUUUUAAUUUUUGGUGUGUGUGUCUUCACCGAACAUUCAAAACUGUUUCUUCAAAGGGUUUUGCAAAAACUCAGACUGUUUUCUAAAGCAGAAACACUGGCGUCCACCGCAGAAGCAAUGGGCAGUGUACGAACCAACCGCUACAGCAUUGUCUCUUCAGAAGAAGAUGGCAUGAAGUUGGCCACCAUGGCAGUGGCCAACGGCUUUGGGAAUGGCAAGAGUAAAGUCCAUACCCGGCAACAGUGCAGGAGCCGCUUUGUGAAGAAAGAUGGGCACUGCAAUGUCCAGUUCAUUAAUGUGGGUGAGAAAGGACAGAGGUACCUGGCAGACAUCUUUACUACCUGUGUUGACAUUCGUUGGCGAUGGAUGCUGGUUAUCUUCUGCCUGGCAUUUGUGCUCUCCUGGCUGUUCUUUGGCUGUGUGUUUUGGUUGAUAGCUCUGCUCCACGGGGAUCUGGAUGCUUCUAAAGAGAGCAAAGCUUGUGUGUCUGAGGUCAACAGCUUUACAGCUGCCUUCCUCUUCUCCAUUGAGACCCAGACAACUAUAGGCUAUGGUUUCAGGUGUGUUACAGAUGAGUGCCCAAUUGCUGUUUUCAUGGUGGUAUUCCAGUCAAUUGUAGGCUGCAUCAUCGACGCCUUCAUCAUUGGGGCAGUCAUGGCAAAGAUGGCAAAACCAAAGAAGAGAAAUGAGACUCUUGUUUUCAGUCACAAUGCUGUGAUUGCCAUGAGGGACGGCAAACUAUGCUUAAUGUGGAGGGUGGGCAAUCUUCGUAAAAGCCACCUUGUAGAAGCUCAUGUCCGGGCACAGCUACUCAAAUCCAGAAUCACUUCAGAAGGGGAAUAUAUUCCCUUGGACCAGAUAGACAUCAAUGUUGGUUUUGAUAGUGGAAUUGACCGUAUAUUUCUGGUGUCCCCUAUCACUAUUGUCCAUGAAAUAGAUGAAGACAGCCCUUUAUAUGACUUGAGUAAGCAGGACAUUGACAAUGCAGACUUUGAAAUUGUUGUCAUACUGGAAGGCAUGGUGGAAGCUACUGCCAUGACGACACAAUGCCGGAGUUCAUAUCUGGCCAAUGAAAUUCUCUGGGGUCACCGCUAUGAGCCAGUGCUCUUUGAAGAGAAACACUAUUACAAAGUGGACUAUUCAAGAUUUCAUAAGACUUACGAGGUACCUAACACUCCCCUUUGUAGUGCCAGAGACUUAGCAGAGAAGAAAUACAUCCUCUCAAAUGCGAAUUCAUUUUGCUAUGAAAAUGAAGUUGCCCUCACAAGCAAAGAGGAAGAGGACAGUGAAAACGGAGUCCCAGAGAGCACAAGUACAGACUCACCUCCUGGCAUAGAUCUUCAUAACCAAGCAAGCGUACCUCUAGAGCCCAGGCCGUUAAGGAGAGAAUCGGAGAUAUGACUGGCUGAUUGCGUCUUUGGAAUAUUUAUGUCGCUACACAGUCUGUUGUUGGUCAGAGAUCCGAGACAGUUAUACAGACCAUGGUACUGGUGAAGAGGUGGGUGAAGGUGAGCAGCCACAAGAGACUAAGGCUAGCACAAAGGUUUCAAGAAAAGACUGUAAGCUGGAUGACUGAUGUAAAGUGCUUUGCAGGCCUCCGAGUGACCCGAUGGCACAUAUCUGUUGUAGAAUGAGUUGUGGGAUUUUAAAUGUAUUGUUUUGUGUUUUUACAAAACUUGAAUAUGCAGGAAAGCCUCAGUUUUGGUAUUUAGCUUACCUGGAAUGCUUCUCUUUAGGGGAACAAGGAUGAUUUUAAUGGCAUAACACAGGCAAGACUCUGCCUUAAUUUUUUGAAAAGCUGCUAACUACAUGAACACAAAUUGUAUUUUUGUUGCAGUGUGGUUUAUCUUUUACAUAAUUUUAAAAAGUCAGUGUUAAACAUUGUUGAAGGCGCACAGUGUGCUUCAAAGUGUCAAGUAUUUGGCUAUUAACUGCCAAAAUGAGAGCCUGAUUUUCUGAGGCCAGUAAUUUGUUUGCUACAAUUGAUCUCUCUGAUCUCCGAUCUCUCUCUCUCUCUCUCUCUCUCUCUCUCUCUCUCUCUCUCUCUCUCUCUCUCUCUCUCUCCCCACUUUCUUGUUACGUAAGGGCAUUAUGUAACACUAGCCAAAUGGUAGCCUCUGGGUUUUACACUUUUCCUUUCCACGACACUAAUAGGUUAUCUUAAAUUUUCAGUUAGACUGCCUAAAAUAAAUACCAAAGAUAAUGCACAUUUUUUGCACAGUGGAAUUUAUAUUAAAAAGGAAAAAAAAGUCCCAUGGGUUGUCUGGAAAAUCCAGAGACUAACUUUGAACCUCAACAAGAUGUUGAACAGCCUGUUCGUUCUGCACCUUAGUCUGAAAAAGAGCAUCAAAGUCGAUAAAUGUAUAUUUUCAAUUUUGUUCUUCUGUGCAUCCUUCUUAUUUGAAGAGGAAGGGAAAGAGAACAUGGGUCACACCUACAUACACACUGUACUAACGUCUUUCUUUCCCUGAUAGAUAGUGUUGAUCAGGCUAAUGUAUUCAAAGGGGAGAGAGAGUGAUACUCAGACAUUUCUGAGCUUUCCUCUUUCUGCACAUUCCAAAGCUUAUUCCUUAAGAUCAGAUCUUGCUUGAACUUUGUGGUAACCUGGCAUCCUCCAAACAGAGACAUCCAGCAUGGAGGAUAGAUAGUUUUCAAAUUUUGCAGCUGAAUCAUGGCCUUGACUGUCAGAGCAUUUCUAGCUUGGUGUCAUAUUAGGAAAGAUAUCUGGCCUCUAGGCUUGUCCUUCUGAGGCAUCUGCAGAGAAUCAACAUGGACUAAAUAUGACAAAGCAGGGUCUCUCUUCCCCCCCCACGUAUGUUUGUGUGUGUGUGUGUGUGUGUGUGUGUGUGUGUGUUUAUGUGUGUGCCACUUCAAUGCAAAAAUCUGCUUUGUAAGGGAGAGGGAAACUGCCUUUUUAAUGGCAGAAAAUAGCAGAGAAUAUCUCAGUAUUUUUGAGUCUUAGUGAGCCUUAUAAACACAACACAAUUACAAGCUAAUGAGUUAAGAGUCUAAAGGGUUACUUCUGUCUAUGUACACACUCAUGAUUAAUGUGAGCUGGCCAUUGUCUCUUAUAAAGUCCCAGAGCAGGUUACCAAGGACACAUUAUUUUCUAGAACCCUCUUCUGCCUCGUCACCUGCCUUGAUGAAAACAUCUCUCCCCACCCUCGCUCUAGCCCAAUAAUGCAAGUCUCCCUCCCUUUCGGUCUUUAGAUUUAAAAGUCCCCUACUUGUGGAUCCUAGGGCUGCUAAUUUUGCUUUUUAGUUGGAGUCUGAAAAUCAACUCUCUAAUGGUAUUGUAUUCUAAUAUGCCAUUAAAAAUCAGCUUGUUCUAGAAUCAUGUAUUUUGUUUCAGUUGUGCUGGUCUGUGGCUUGUGAGCAGCCGUAUCUGAAUGCAGUGCCUGUAAAAUGAUGACAGUUUCUGCUGUUUUCACCUGUCUUAAGUCAACGGUUUGAGAGCUCUGGGUGUUAUUAUCAUCGAAAUCAAGAGGGAAGUGUUGAGAAAGGGAUUCUAAUUGUACAUCCAUGUGUAAAGGCAGGGUUGGGAAGUUGCUUGAAGAGUUGGAGGGGUCAGUUGAAGAGAAAACAGACUGGCUUUUGACAGUGCGAGGAGGCCAUGGAGGGCUUCAGAUGCUGCUAUUAAGGUGAUUUGCAAAGGAAAACUAUCAAACCAAAGAGUAUUCAGUGGAAUGUAAACCACAUGAAGAUGCAGUGGAGAAUAGGGGCGACCACCUGGAGUUUCCUCCAAACAUACAGUGCUACCACUUAAAAAGACUUGAGCUAUUUGAAAGGGGUGGGUACAGGGACAAGAAAAGAGGGAGGGGAAUCUUUCAACUCAUUUCUUAAAAAGAAGAAAGCAUCUAAAAUUUCUGGUGCAUAGGUUUGUUUUUCUUUCUUUUUUUUUCAAGAAACUUUUGCAGAAGCUACAUUUUUGAAGUGUACAUUUUAUAAAGUUUAUCAGAUAUUUUCAUAUUUAAAGCCAAAUGUAAAUAGAAAUCUGUAAAGGAAAAAAAAAAACAAUACCAUAGGAGGUAUAAUUACAGCAGGGGUUCUGAGAGCUAGCACCUAUUAUGCUACCGGUUAGCAUGGUUUUAGUGGCUAUUACCAGCCGUUGGAGGUUCGUUUUGGUAUGUUCUUCUGUUAUUUAUUUCAGCAUGGACUGUUCCUUUGAAAGCUUUUUGUAGUUACUAGCAUUUUAAUAGUUACAAGCUUUAAAUGGCUUUUUGUUUUGUUUUUGCCAAGAGCCAAGACAUAGGUAAUGCACGUCAUUUCUCGCUGCAUUUUUACCUUCAGAAUAUCUGUCUUUAUUGACUGGGCCUCCGGAACUAGUGCACACAACUGCCACUAGUAAGCAGAUGGAGAGACUCACUUUGAACAUCUGGGGUUCAUUCCCAGAUGCCCGUUGCUUCUCUGCUGCGAGCAAAUCCCUCUAGGAUGUAUUCCCUUUUAAAGAAUGUUUGCCCGUAUCUGGAUGGGCAUUAUAUAUUUUUUUUGGAGGGGGGAGGCAUAGAUUCCUGGUUAUUCUAUUUUUAAAUAAAAGGUAGACAAAGUGAAUUCUAUUUUGAUUAUUGAGAAAGGAAUAGUUUUCUAUCCCUCUAAGAGUAUACUUGAAUCAGACAUUUUUAGAAUGUCGUAUAGCACUGUAGUCAUUUCCAAAUCCCUAGAGAAAGUUCCUUUGACUCCAUUCUUGUUCUGUUAGUGCAUUAUUCAUUGUCUUUCACUUCCUUUCUCCCCAUAUACUCCCUCCCUAAAUCUUGCUGUGUGUCUGAUGACCUUGGUUCCCCAAAGAUGUUCCUCUUGCAGACAACAAAUGUCAGCUUUUAUCUUAUAAUCAUUCACCCCCUAAAAGCAAACAGCUCAUCCAAAGGGGUGGCUUAAGCACCCCAUCACUCUGUUUAAUGACGUUAAGGUGGAAAGUAUAAAAGUGUUGCAUUAUUACAUCCCCUCCCACAACCUCCCAUAAACUAGAGUUUCUUUCCUAGGAAUGUUAGGUUUCAGCUCUGGGCUCUGGCGAGUUGAACAAUCCUAGCCUUUGACAAUCGUGAUAGUUAUUAUUUCCCCAUCUGCCAUCUUUUUGUAUCUAAAGUCUUCCUAUUGUACUGCACAAACCAUGGGUUGUACAUAUUUUUUAUAUAUUAUGUCUUAUUUUAUUAUUUCUAAAUAAAAAUAAAAUUGAAAAUGAA